CUUGAAGGACCAGCAGCUUGAGUUCUCAAGCAUCACUAGCUCGAUUUCCAGGUCGAUAGGCUGUCUCAAUCUAGAGCUGCUGGAUAGUUGCAACGGUUUGCUUCUCUUUGAAUGCCGUGACGAGAGCAAGAAAUAUUCCUUGAUCGUCUGCAAUCCCACGGGGAACACAUGGGCGAGCAUCGACAUGGACUACUGCCCUGCAAAUCGCGGCGUGAGGUUGGUCUUUGAUCCAAAAACCAGUCCUCACUUCAAGGUCGUGAUGAUAACGAAUGCUGAAUUCCCGGCCAACGACUACACCACUUUGGAGCUGCUAAUCUUCUCCAGCGCCACCAACGACUGCGAGGUAUCUACCAUAGAUCGAGAGCUACCCCUCCUCUCGGAUUGGCUAGAAAGAUAUACCAUCAGAACCGCCUAUUCCCAUGGGCGAGCGGCCUCCGGGUCGGUCGUAAAAACUGUGGAGCGUGAGGAUCGGCCGCCGAUGCGUCAACUCGUAUCCUUGCCAAGGUUCAGCUUUGCAAGAGAUAGAUGCAUGGAAAUGUCGGGGAAAUCUGGAGGACGUGUGCAUUAUGCCGUGUGUUGCGAGUUGAAAUUGCUCAUAUGGAUGCUGGAAGAUCCGAAGUGUUGGGCUUUGAAGCACGUUACCAGCACGUGGAAUUUAAUCCAGCAGCACAAGGAAGGUCGACAUCGAAGAACCACGGCUGGCUCGAUAAGAACCCUGGCCUUCCACCCAGAUCUUGAUGUCAUUUUUCUUCAGGUGGAGUGGAACAUAUACUCUUUUCAUCCCACUAGCAGAAGCUUUGAACUGCUGGUCAGCAAAAGAGGUGCAAAUCCUGAUAAGCUUCCGUACCGGUGUUUCAACCCUUAAAAACUUG